AUGCGCGUUCUCAGCUGGGCGGUCACCGCCCUGUCCUUCCUUGCCACUCAGGCUCUCGCUAGGCCCAUAGUCGUCCAGCCGGGCUCUAGCAGCAAAGUUGUCAUCGGCUCGGACAACAUUCUCAAUGGAACUUCCGGCGCCGGCACCAUCAACGGACCGCAGGCGACGAACGCGACGCUGCAGCUGUCCAUCGUGAACAACUUUAGCAGUGGCGGCAAGAUCAACGCCUACGUCACCGGCACCGACUCGAACAACCACAUCGUCUUCGUCAAGUCCGACGGCACCUUCUACUACCCUCCCUCGACCACCUCCACGACGCCCAUGUCGAUCGACGCCGACGUGGCCAUCCCCAUCGGCGACGCGGGCAGCACCACCAAGAUCACCAUCCCCAACUACAUCAACUCCGGCCGUGUGUGGUUCGCCGAGGGCGAGCUGAAGUUCUUCGUUGUCGCCGUCAACGGAGGCAUCGCGCUCGUCGAACCGGCGGCCGCCAACCCGCAGGACCCCAGCGCUGACGUGAACUGGGGCUUUGUGGAGUUCACCUACACCCAGGACGGCGGCCUGUACGCCAACAUCAGCUACGUCGACUUUGUCGGGCUGAUCCUGGGCAUGUCGCUCUUGACUAUGGAUGGCAGCACCCAGACGGCCAAGGGCCUGAAGCCCAACGCCGUGCAGAGCAUCUGCAGCGCGCUGAAGCAGCAGGCCUCUUCGGACGGGCAGCCGUGGGAUGAGCUCUGCGUCACGGACAGCCAGGGCAACCAGCUCCGGGUCCUGUCGCCGAACCAGUACAUCAGCAUCAACGCGGCGGCCUUCCAGGACUACUGGACAGACUACGUCAACCAAGUGUGGUCCAAGUACAGCAGCCAGCCGCUGACGAUCAACACGCAGAUGUCGGCCGGCAACGUGAAGUGCACCGUGUCGGGCGACACGCUGUCCUGCGACGGCGACAACCGCGACUACAACAAGCCGACGGCGUUGGACAUCUUCGGCUGCAACAGCGGGCCGUUCGCCAUCGACCAGCACACGGACAACGACGUGCACAAGGCGGUGGUGCCACGGCUGUGCGCGGCCUUUGACCGGUCGACGCUGCUGCAGCCGGGUGGCAACAUCCAGCCGGGCUCCAACACAACCUACUACAGCACCUCGCCGACCAACUACUACAGCAAGUUUGUGCACCAGAACGAGGUCGACGGCAAGGGCUACGCCUUUGCGUACGACGACGUCAACCCGAGCGGUGCCAACCAGGCUGGUGUGGUGUCUUCGGCCAACCCGAAGCUGCUGACCAUUACGAUUGGCGGGCCGUCGUCUUCUUCGUCUUCUUCAUCUUCAUCUUCUUCCUCUUCCUCUUCUUCUUCUUAA